AUGGCAGAUUAAUUACCACCUGGUGGUUUAAAUAGAGGGUUAGUCAUUUCAUUAUGUUGUUCUUGUCCACCUGGAUGUCCAUGUAAAUCAAAUCAACUUAGGAAGUGGCAUCAUAAAGCCUGUGGAUGUCCUUCCUUUAUUAACGAAUAUGGAGAUAUUUUUUGUAAAAACUUUAGAGACAAACCAGAGUGUUAAGGUUAUUUUAUAUAACAUGCAUAAUUUUAAUGUUAAACUUCCAAAAGGAGUUAAACUUGGGUAGGGUUUUAAACUGCAGCAAAAUUUCUAAUGGCUUUAGCAUAAGGAAUUCAGGCUGCGGAAUUUGAACUUAGACAAGGGUAAAAUCUUGUUCAUUUUGUUGACACUUUAUCCUAAGAAGUUAAGAAGAGAUGGAAUGAUUGA